AUGGACACAGAUCAUGGAGAUGAUUACAUUACACUAGACAUCAUCAUGAGCAAUGACUAUACUUCCUAUAGUAAAGACUUAGAAACAAAUAAAACACCACAAAACAGUCUGCAGAGAGAUGUGGACCAAGCAGCAAAGAUAGGAAUGGCCCAUAAAGAGAUCCAAAGGCUCAAGGAUGAAGUAGAAGUGAAGGAGAAAGAGCAGAAUAAAUCAGAUUCAGUUGACCUACAGAAAGCAAAGGAACAUAAUCAGAGACUGAAUGAAGAAAUUCUGGCCCUAAGAAAUCGGGUUCGAUCACUUGACUCAGAAAAAAAAAUGCUUGGGGAAGAGGUUAAAAGACUUAAAGGAGAGAUUCCUGAAUCUCAAGAAAAUGAGCAAGUUGGAAACCACUCCCUUGGGAAAAGUGUGGGUGCUGAAGAGACAGUACAGCUGUCUUCUACUGACUACAUUGACUGCAUGCAAAUAGACUUCAUGCAGUAA